CCCUAAACCUCGUGGGAUAACCAUAGUCGUCUUUCGCCAUAUUGAAAUUGAAUGUCUGGCUUACAUAGAGGCUCGUAGUAGCCAUUAACUUUAUCGGGUGACAUCCUUCUAAUUUGGGGGAUUUAGAUAAAAUGGAAAAUUCCUACGGAAUUGGUGUGACAAAUAGGUACGCUUUGUUUCUUAAUGAUGCUGAAGAUCCGCUAGAAGUUCUGAAAGUACAAGAACAAGAAAAGGAAGCGAAAAAGAAAACCAAGCUUUCUGAGAAGGAAAAUAAAGGAAAGACCGAAACGAAAGGGAAGACUGCCCAAGUAGCACGAAAGGGCAUCAAGGAAACUCAAAACGUCAAGACUCUGGAAUCUGGAAAGUCGAAGGAAGUGCCAACUCCCAUUGACAAAAAAGAAAAUCAAGAUAGUAACAAGAAACCAUCUCAACGAUCUACUGACCGUAGUGAGCGCAAUGUAAAGUUUGCUGGCGAAUCUCGUGAGGAAAGAAAUAAUAGACGCAAUCGUGAGGACAGACCUCCUACCGCACCUGCAGAGUUCAAUAGCAGAGAGACUAGGGAUCGUGAUGGACCUCGACCAGACAGUGAUGUUCGCCAAAGAGGGCGUGGCUCGGGACGAGGCCUUGGCCGUGGAGGCCGCAGCAGCAGAGGGAGUGGUCGUGGGUAUGACAAUCGUGGCAAAAGGGAAUAUGAUCGUCAGUCAGGAUCUGAUAAAACUCGUCCUAAUUACAGUGGCGUGAAGCCGGUUGACAAGCGUGAAGGCGGGGGCGCCCACAACUGGGGUAAUCACAGGGAUGAUAUUGAGGAACUUAACACAAGCCACUCGUCUGAAGAUCAGCAUGACUGGGCUGCUGAUAAACCUGAAGGAGAAAGUCAGCCAACAGUGGAAUCUGCUGAAACUAAGGAAACUGAUGUAGCUGUUGGUGCUGGUGCUGAUACAGCAGAACAGGAGACUGUGCCACCUGUAGAGGAAGAACCUCGUGAGCUAACCUUGGACGAAUAUAAAGCUCUGAAAGGCAACCGACAGAAACCAACAUAUAAUUUACGUAAAGCAGGUGAAGGUGAGGACCUGACUCAGUGGAAGAAAAUGUAUGCUUUGAAGAAGAAGGAAGGGGAAGAGGAGGAGGAGGAAGAAGAGGAGUAUGAUGUAUCAGAUUAUCCUCAGCGUGUUGGAAGACAGAAACAUUUGUUGGAUAUUGAUAUACACUUUGCUGACUCUCGUCGUGGAACACGCGGACGUGGUCGUGGUGGACCUCGUGGAGGUGGCCGUGGUGGUCCACGCGGUCCUGGUGGUCCUCCACGUAAUAGUGCUCCUGGUUCUCGAAUGGGUGGUUCUGGUGAUGCUAGAGGCCCUGGAUCUCGUGAUCGUGGUGAUCGGUUUGAUAAGGAACGAGGUGAUAGGUCAGAACGUGAUUCGUACCAGCCUCGUGGACCAAAGCAGAGUGCACCAAAAAUGGAUGAUGAGCAUGACUUCCCAUCUCUUGGCUAAGUGAUCACAAGAUCAUUGUUGAUGUUGUAAACCUCAGUACCCCUUCUGAGCUCCUUUAAUACUUACGAUUGGAGAAUAUUUUCCUUUGUACAGCUUUUGGAAAUGGGUCUUCCAAAAUGUGUAGGAACAAAAUUUUCAGUCAUAACAAGGGAGGAAGUUUUGUUCACUGUUGCGUGGGUAAGGUGACUGUAAAGGUAGGUGUGGCCACGAGUUGUCAACUUAAGGUGCUUCAAAGACUUCCACACUCCUUACCCUAGUCAGUCACGAUAUGAGGAAUUUUUUUUGUUGAAUGUGGUUGAAGUCCACUCCCCCAUACUUUGGUAAAGUGCUAAAAGUGCUCUAAAUUAGCUGGGUUGUCUCUGUUGAGGUACACAUUUUGGUAAACAUUUUGUGUAUCUUUGCGAGAUCCUUGUCCUACACUUAGGAGUGCAUUAUUGGAGGAUUUUCAUUUUUACAGAUUACAUCUUCCAUGUUGUUAAUUUCCAUCAAAAUUUUGCGAUAUUUAUGCUGCGUUGAUAGGGUAUGUACAGUUGUAUAUACUGCUGGUGUUGGCAGGUGGCCGCUACCCAUUCAGCCAGUGACGAUGAAAGAAGUAGGUAAACUGUAAAAGUACCACAUAGUAUAUUUAUACUUACUAAAUAUAAAUCUAUUGAAUUUGAAGUGCUUGUAUCAUUAAUGAUGGAGGUCCUCGGAGUGAAGUGAUAAUUAGGUACUAGGAUCUCAUUUUACAAUUUUGUAUGUUAUAGAUAUCAACUGAUUGUUAAUCCUAAAAAGCAAAAUCAUGCAUUUAGUUCUGUUUUAUUCAUUGACGCAUGUCUGGGCAGGUUAUACUGGACUCCUGACCUGGGGAACCAUAAUCACAUUGUCAUACUGAUCAGGAGCUCAAGGUAGCCAAAUGAAAGACUCUUAUUCAGCAUAAUGAUUUAUAUUACAGCAUAAUUGAAGACUCACAAUUCUUCAUUCUUCACUGUAGUACUGAGAAAGUCAGUGCUUAGUUGUAUGCGAUAUAUACAAGUGAAGUUUAUGAACUCCAUAAUUGAAUGGUCACAUGUAUGAAAUGACAUAUAUACACGAGUGAUACUGAGUUUAGAAGGAUUUGAAAUGUCAACAUGUGGCAUUGUUGGGCAGUGCUUAGUGGACAAGGAAGAUUAUUUUGUGUUGAUCGCUUCAGACACGUAACCAGGUUUCAUGAUGUGUGUAAUUCAUUUGUUUUUGUAACAGGUAUGUGCAUUUAUAAGUGCUGUUGAAUAUAAAGUAAAUUUAAUCCAUAUCUGAAGUUGUAAAUAAUGAGCUUUAGUUGAUUUUUAUUUUGAGCACUGUCAUUGCCAUCAUGUGAAUAAGGCUUUGUUUUUCCCUAUGAACAGUAGCAUAAGAAGGAACUUUAGCUGUUACAUUUACACAUACAAGGGUGAGGCUAUUACACUUUUUAACUCGUUAUAGUAGGAAAAUAAAUUCGAAUGAAAUUUGUAUUCUGUUGUGCACCGAAUCCCGUGAUUAUUUAUGUAUAAUAUAGACUUGGAGUUGUUUUCUUGUGCACUAAA